UGUGUUACUCUCCCGCAAGCGGUUACAUGUUGAGUAGUUAAGAAAUGUGACGUGAGGAACAGCAUAGCGCCGUCAACAGUGUGACAGAGUUGCGGCAAACCAGGAAAGUGCCUGACUGUGACACACGGAGAUCGCCGCGAGAAGGGCAGUGUUUCCCCGCCGGAGAAGUAGGGACUGAGAGGCGCUCCGGAGCCGCUCGGAGUGGGACCAAGGACCCCCACGCUGGGAAACAUUCGCGCAAACUGGCCAGGAUAGGGGGAUCUAACAACUAUAAAUUGACUUUUGAGCGAUGCACUGGCAGCAUGGCCAAGUGGUUCAAGGAGCACCUAGGAUUCAAAACUACCAAAGCACCCCCUCCGGCGCCUCCAAAACCGGACUACAGGUAUUGUCCCACCGGUGUGCCCAGCACGCCUGGCUACAAGCACCCGGGCUCCGGGGCCACCUACCCCAGCCCCGCUCAGCCGGACAUCCUCGCUGCUUACCAACUACAGAAAGCACUGGACUUCGAAGACCCGUACACCCCAGGUGGAAAUAUCUCCUACGGAUCAAGUUUAAACACUGUGGGCUCUUCGGACCUGAAAUAUGUGUCUCCAAAGCACCGGCUCAUAAAGGUGGAGACGGUGGAUAAGUCCAGCGCUGUCCCCGGCGGAGGAGUCUCCGUCACACAGGCGGUAUCGGUGGGGAGCGUGAAAACUCCGUCUUCACCUCCGUCGGAAAACGACAAUAAAGAGAAGCUCAUUAUCCUGGAGGACUACGCGGAUCCGUUUGACGCGGAGCAGGCCGGCGGUGCCCAGACCGGCGGGGAGAAGGUGACGACGGAGAACGACGGUUACAUGGAACCCUACGAGGCCCAGAAGAUGAUGGCAGAGAUCCGCUCGGGCGGUCGCGGCUCCAAGGACGGCUCCGGGAAGCAGCUCCCCCUGUACGACACGCCCUACGAGCCGGCGGAGAACGGCGGCUGCGGCGACGACUCGGACCCCGAGCGCUCCCGCUGCGGCCGGGAGAGCCGCCUGCCCCAGGACGACGAGCGGCCCCCCGAGGAGUACGACCAGCCCUGGGAGUGGAAGAAGGAGCGCAUCUCAAAGGCCUUCGCAGCUCUGCUUUGUUAUGACUGCCUUAGCUACGAGGACACUGUAAAUGGCACUGCUGGAACUGUCCCCCACAGAAGAAUGGACUGCACCGCUAAAUCUCUCACAGUAGAGAUUAAAGUGAUCAAGGACCUGCCGUGGCCCCCCCCCGUGGGCCAGCUCAACAGCACCUCCCCCCUGCUGGAGGACGAGGAGCCCCCGUCUCCCUCCCAGCCCCCCCCAGGCCAGAGCGGCUGUGACCAGCACCACAAUGUCCAGUUUGAGGGCGUGGACAAGCCCCGCGGCUCGCCCCCCGGCGAGGCGAAGACCCGGCCGCCCCAGCGCCACUCCAGCGGCUGUCUGGUCAACACCAAGAUGACCCCGCUGGACCACUGCAGCCCCUCCCAGGGGGAGCGCAUCGACCCCGGCCUGCCCCUGGAGAACCAGUUCUGGUACCACGGGGCCGUGAGCCGCACCGACGCCGAGUCCCUCUUGAGGCUCUGCAAGGAGGCCAGUUACCUGGUGAGGAACAGCGAGACCAGCAAGAACGACUUCUCCCUGUCCCUCAAGAGCAGCCAGGGCUUCAUGCACAUGAAGCUGGCGCGCACCAAGGAGGGCAAGUACGUGCUGGGGCAGAACAGCUGCCCGUUCGACAGCGUGCCGGAGAUCAUCCACUUCUACUCCAGCCGCAAGCUGCCCAUCAAGGGGGCGGAGCACAUGUCCCUGCUCUACCCUGUGGCCAUCAGGACACUAUAGUUCCACAGGGUCGCCCCCCCC